UCCCUCCCGCGGCCGGCUCGGGCCGCCUCGCUCCUCGUCCUCCUCCCGGCGACGAUUUGCACGGGACGCGCCCGCGGUCUCGGGAACACUUUUAGUUCUCUUUCUCCCGCGCUGGGUGGGAUGGAGCUGUAAUUGCAGGGGCUAUUUUCGGCAGCCCGCUGAGCGGCCGGGCGGAGGAGGAGCGCGGCGCUGCUGAGCCGAUCCCGCUGCCCCGAUCCGGCUCUCCCGGCGGGACGGAGCUCGGCGGGGCGGCCCCGGGCCGGGCGGCAUCGAGCGGAGCCGGGGAGCGGGGCGGCUCCGCCGGACGACACCGCGGGGGCCGUGGCCGCUGCCCGGCAGCGAUCCGGCGCUGAAACUGAGCCUCAACUUGCCGCGGGAAGGAUGGCAACGCCGGCGGAGCUUCCGAGCUGCCCCGAGAGCCAGGGAGCCUGGGUUGCGUGCGCCGCGAUCUAAUACGGGGGAGUAAAAUGGAAUUUCUCACUUGGGUUUUUCCUGCCUUGGUUCUACUGUGCACCCAGCAGCACAGGUGCAUCAGAGCGAUGACUGACAUCGGAGAUUACAUAGGCUCCAACAUUGAAAUAUCCUGGUUACCCAACCUGGAUGAUUUGAUGAAAGGGUAUGCACGUAAUUUCAGGCCUGGGAUUGGAGGUCCUCCUGUUAACGUUGCUCUUGCGAUUGAAGUGGCCAGCAUUGACCACAUCUCAGAAGUGAACAUGGAAUACACCAUGACGGUGUUUCUGCACCAGAGCUGGCGAGAUGACCGUCUGUCCUACAACCACACCAACGAGACACUGGGCUUAGACAGCCGGUUUGUGGACAAGCUCUGGUUGCCAGAUACUUUCAUAGUAAACGCCAAGUCUGCCUGGUUCCAUGACGUGACUGUGGAAAACAAACUUAUCAGGCUCCAGCCAGAUGGAGUCAUUUUAUACAGCAUAAGGAUUACCUCAACGGUGGCAUGUGACAUGGACCUCUCCAAGUACCCAAUGGAUGAGCAGGAAUGCAUGCUGGACUUGGAGAGCUAUGGUUACUCUUCAGAGGACAUUGUCUACCACUGGUCAGAAAACCAGGAUGAGAUCCAUGGGCUGGAUAAGCUGCAGCUUGCUCAGUUCACAAUUACCAAUUACCAGUUUACAACGGAACUGAUGAACUUCAAAUCUGCAGGUCAGUUUCCCAGGCUGAGUCUCCACUUCCACCUUCGGCGAAAUCGAGGAGUCUACAUCAUUCAGUCCUAUGUCCCUUCAAUCUUACUAGUGGCCAUGUCGUGGGUGUCCUUCUGGAUCAGUCAGUCAGCUGUGCCUGCCAGGGUGUCACUGGGUAUAACUACUGUUCUUACAAUGACUACGCUGAUGGUCAGUGCCCGAUCUUCGCUUCCACGAGCAUCUGCCAUCAAGGCACUUGACGUUUACUUCUGGAUAUGCUAUGUGUUUGUCUUCGCUGCACUGGUAGAAUAUGCUUUUGCACAUUUCAAUGCUGACUACAUGAAAAAGCAGAAGAACAAGAUCAAGGCGAGAAGGCAGAGUGGAGAGAUAAACGUGAAGAAUGCCAUUGUUCUGUUUUCCCUUUCCAUAGCUGGUGUGAGCCAGGAACUGGCCAUCUCCAACAGGCAGCACCGAAUCCCCAGAAGUCUGCCUGGAUCAUAUGGCACAAUAGAAAUAGAGACUGGAGAGACUAAACAGCAGCAAGAGAUGAAACUGGAUAAAAAGAGUGGUCUGAAGUCCCUCUUUAAGCCCAUUGAUGCUGAUACCAUUGAUAUAUAUGCCAGAGCAGUGUUCCCAGCAGCCUUUGCAGCAGUCAAUGUUAUAUACUGGGUUGCCUACACAAUGUGAAAAACCCAAAACUUUGACGAGAGUGAAGAAUUGAACAGUACCUACACACUAAAAAGCCCUUCCUGAAACUGUAUUGUACCAUCUCUUCUCAAAAUAUUUUCCGUUGACCUUGAGACAUUUCUAGUCAAGAAACUCCUGCAGUCAAUUCCUACUAAUGCAGCAAGAGAAACAGUUUGUUACCAGUCUGAUUUGAUAUAUUAAUAACUGAACUCUGCUAAACAAUCCCAGCUCCUUUUGUUUCCUCUCUUACCACGAGACAACAUUCCAUAUGUACAGAACUGCAGAAGUUUAAAUCUUAAACUACCAUGUUUUUUCUCCACCUGAAGGGUUGGUAAGUAACGAAGGCUUAGCUUCUCACACUCAGAGCAUUUCAUUUUUCUUAGUGGAACAGCUAAUUCCUAGCUUCCACACAAGUGAUUUUCUGUACCUGGCCUUCUGUGGAAUGGCCCAGCUUUAAUGCAAGUGGCAAAGAUGGAAAUUUUAAUCAUAAAAAUCCCGUGAUAAAAGUGAAGGGGGAACAGAAGUGAGUGGAGGUUUACUGAAUUUUCCUUCGUCUUAGAUAAAGUAUUGAAAAUAUUUCAGUGCUCUUAGUCACAGCAUGAAAUAAAAUAUACUACCUAGAAUUCUACUGAAUUGUUAAUAAUGACAGCAUUCCAUUUCAGAUCUAAGCUUAUGAAAGUUUUAAUGCUUAAGCAUACUAACCUUUGUUACUGUAAUGAGCCCCAAAGCAGACAAAAGUGGUUCAGCAAUUUUUGUUCAGAGGGUGACAUAGCACUGGGCUUCUUCACCUCCCUUAUUGGACAGUGAAAUUUAGGGGUACUCAGACACACUCCUUUAUUCAAAACUGGAUCCUCUCACCCUACUCAUACAAAGUAACACUUCUUUCUGUGAAUAAUUCCAGGGAUCUCAGCAAAUGAAGGCAGUAUUCACAACAAAUACAAGUUUCAUAAUUAACCGCUAUCAAAAAAGCACAGUAAAUAUAUUGGGAUGUGGAUUAAAACAACAGACAUAUUUAAGAUGCUUUAAAAGGGAAUUUUUUAUUAUUAUUAUUAUUAUUUUUUGGAGGAUUCUGGUGCCUUGAAAGGGUCAGGAUGUUUCAAAUCUAGAGAAAGAAGAUACAACAGAAAAUAUUACAUGAGAGAGGGAGGGAAUGAGAGAGGCUAAGGAGAUGGCUGAAGGCUCCUAUGGAAGGGAGCAGGGGGAGGUGCAAGAUUAAACAAGGCACAAGAUGUAAAUGAGAGGAGAGCUGUGCUGGGCUUGGAGGAUGGGCAUGGCUGAUGAGUGACAGUAGCAAUUGCAAUGAGGAGGAAACAAGCACUGAUCACACAUCCCUCCCGCCUUACUUAUCUGUGACACGUGGCUUGAUUUCAUACGACCAGAACUGAAAGAGCAUUUUAAUGCAGAUUUGUAACUUAAAAAGAGAUUUGUUCAACAUCUUUGAAGUAAGAGAAUGCACUGAAGAAAAAUUAAUGAUCCUGAACCGAGCUAUAAUAGAAAAUACGCUCCCAUCAUAAGUCAGGCUUAGGAUCUCCUGGAUUAUUUCUGUUACAGUGAAAACACUUUCUGCCAGCCACGUGCUGGAAGGUGCAAACCACCACCAAGCUUUAAUAUUUCCACAAAAUCCUUAUCAGUCUGGCCCUGGACUGAGACACCCGGAUUCCGCACUACGCUCUUGCCACUCACUUGGUGGUGAACCUUCCUUGACUCAUUUCAUUGCAUCAUCUGCAAAACUGGUAUAAUUAUACUGAUUUCUUUACCAAGUCUUUGAGUUUUACAGAAGCAGAACCCUUUUGAGAGAUGCAGAAACUGUUAUCCUCCAGUAGGUAUGUGCACUCAGACAGUACUUGUGUGCUGCUAUUUACCAUAGUUCCUGAGUCUCAUAUAUUGAAUUAAAACAUUCAAUUUUCAUCGUACUCAGAAAGGAAAUAAAAUUGUGCAUCUCCUUUUAUACGUGAAGGUAAUCAGGGCUCCUUUCUGCAUCCAGCCAGUUCCUCUAGCUAUUACCAUUGCCUUUCAGGGUCAGUAACUACUGCUAAAAGUGAAAUUGUUGACUAAAUCCAGCAGAGAAAAUACUGGCAGCAAGUUCCUACGGAAUAUAAACCAUAAGAAAGUAAUCCGUGAUUUUGGGAUUAAAGUUAUUAAAGAACAGGAAAAAAGCAGUGACCUAGUCCCUGUAGUGUACAGUGGCUGGUUAUUUAGGGUAAUUAGUGAGAAAGUGGCUGCAUACAUUGUAAAGGCAGUGUCUAAUCUAAUUACUUCAGCAGUACUAGUUUGUAGUUGUGCACCUGACACAACUCCUUACCCUGCAGCCAAAUGAGAUAAUCACAUGGGGUUAUUGGACAACAUUUGUUGCUUCUCCAUCUGGGAGACAGUCACGGGCUGCACACCCUGCUGACUUCUUCACAAGGUUUAUUCAAUGAAUUUUUCUGUAGUUUGACUGCAGAUCUUCAAGGUGUACAGCCAGCUUGUGACUGAUCAAAGCAAAGUGUGGCUACAAUCCUAAAAAAAAAAUCCACAAACCUAACAACAACAACAACACCAAAACCACAACCCAAGACCAAAAGAAAACAAAAAAUAACACCAAAACCAAAGCCAGAACGCUAGGCUGUCGGAAUGUUGUAGACAGAAGCAUAAAUAAAGGGGGGGAAAAAACCUCAGAAUAUUUCAGGAAGUCAGAAUGUGAGAGUACCUAUGGCAACUGUGUCCACUCCAGGAAUUAGGUGACUGCCAGGGACAGCAGGUGUUUCUGCUGCUGCACUUGCAGAGCAGCACAAGACAAAACACCUCCAUUGAGAAGAGUCAUAUUUUUUGAAAUGUGUUCCAAAGCCAGAAAUGAAACAGAUGCCAUUCAGAUUCUUUUACAGAAGGGACUUCAGUACAGGAGUAUUGUGUAAUUAUUGGAAUUUUGAAUAAAACUGAAGCUUCUGUACGUUUAA